CGCGGUGGCGCAACCGCGCGAACGCGCACUAACAUAGACCUGGAUCGCGGGAAAGUGGGUCACCGACUCACUUUCACUUAUUACAUGGGCUCCUAAUCGUUUUCCAUUGUGCGAGCGGGCGGGCGGGUUAGCGGGGCGCGCAUGCGGGAGGCGCCGGCACGCGCGCCGUUGUCGCCGGCCGGCUGCCAGUCGAUUGCGGGACCUCUCUCGAUAGGCACGUGUACCGCUGCGGUUACAAUACUUGUCGCGAUCGUAACGACGCGCGCCGUCAACAAACUCCGACAACAGUUUUCGUUGCGAUAGUUUACUGAGUUCGGCGCUCGGCGCCUUCUCUGUUCUAACCCUAAAUUCUUAUUGAACAAAAUGUGCUGGAUUUAUGUGCCUCUUAUCAUAGUGCUUGAACAGGUGCAGCCCGCCAGCGGCAGAUAGUGUUGCGGUCAGACCGCCAGUGAACUCAGUGACUGUGUGAACGUUGUUUCGGUUGAACGCCGUUGUAGGGAUUUAUAAUAAGUUGCCGCUAAGUGCGGCCGAGCAUGACGAUGGACCAGCAGACAGGCCUCAUGUCCCUCAACAUGUCUGCUUUUGAUCUAAGUCCCGGUCCAGAAGGUUCUGGCUCCGGUAGUGGACCAUCAGGAGCCUCACAGCAAUACGUGCCCCAAGGGGCUGCAUACCAAUGCGCAUCAGAUAACCAACCAUUCGCGUACGCUAACUUGGACGCUUCCUAUCUGUUUCCGACAGGUGCUGGUGGAGAAUCUGGAGCGUACUUACCCGCAGCUGGGACAGUGUGUGAUCAAACUGACACAAAAGAUGUGAUAGAAGAACUUUGUCCUGUUUGUGGUGACAAAGUUAGUGGAUACCAUUACGGUCUACUUACUUGUGAAUCUUGUAAGGGUUUCUUUAAGAGGACCGUACAGAAUAAGAAGGUUUACACAUGUGUAGCAGAACGUGCAUGUCAUAUUGAUAAAACCCAGAGGAAAAGGUGUCCUUUCUGCCGUUUCCAGAAAUGUCUGGAUGUUGGAAUGAAACUAGAAGCUGUGCGAGCGGAUCGUAUGCGUGGUGGCCGCAAUAAGUUCGGACCCAUGUAUAAACGCGACCGUGCCCGCAAACUACAAAUGAUGAGACAAAGACAGAUUGCAGUACAAACCCUUCGCGGCUCCCUCGGAGAUGGCGGGUUGGUUCUUGGAUUCAGUUCACCGUACACCUCGGUGCCUGUGAAGCAGGAGAUACAGAUCCCACAAGUUUCUUCGCUGACGUCUUCUCCUGAGUCGUCGCCAGGACCUGCACUUCUAGCAGCACAGCCACAGAUGCCUCAAGCUCCGCCCCCUCCAUCCCACGACAAGUGGGACGCUCAUUCACCACACUCUGCCUCGCCGGACGCCUUUGCCUUCGACAACUCAGCCACAACGGCUGCAACGCCGUCCAGCACUGCAGAGGCCACCAGCACUGAAACGCUUCGAGUGUCACCCAUGAUACGAGAAUUCGUUCAGACUAUCGACGACAGGGAAUGGCAAAACUCUCUUUUUGGCCUCCUACAGAGCCAAACGUACAACCAAUGUGAAGUGGAUCUCUUCGAGCUAAUGUGCAAAGUCCUGGAUCAAAAUCUGUUCUCCCAAGUGGAUUGGGCGAGGAACACCGUGUUCUUUAAGUAUUUAAAGGUUGACGAUCAAAUGAAAUUGCUUCAACACUCGUGGUCGGAUAUGUUGGUGCUGGACCACCUUCACCAACGGAUGCAUAACGGUCUACCAGAUGAAACCACACUUCAUAACGGGCAGAAGUUUGAUCUUCUAUGCCUCGGUCUUCUGGGGGUGCCUUCACUGGCUGACCACUUCAACGAGCUCCAGAAUAAAUUAGCUGAGCUCAAAUUCGACGUACCUGAUUACAUCUGUGUGAAAUUCCUCCUGCUUUUAAACCCUGACGUGCGGGGUAUCGUAAACGUGAAAUGCGUCAGAGAUGGUUACCAGACAGUACAGGCCGCACUUCUAGACUACACACUUACCUGCUAUCCCACGAUACAGGACAAAUUCGGCAAAUUAGUGAUGGUAGUGCCUGAAAUUCAUGCGCUCGCGGCACGAGGCGAAGAGCACUUGUAUCAGCGACAUUGCGCGGGCCAGGCGCCAACACAGACUCUACUUAUGGAAAUGCUGCACGCUAAACGCAAGCCAAACGGUGGUGAUAUGGUUAACCGGAAUGCUGAGCACACGUCAACUCUAGACAGAUUGUGCGGGUUCCUGCCCAACGACACGAUUGAGCCGCAUGCUCCUAUAUAAUCUUGAAACACCAUUGAAGAGGAGCAGAUUAUUAUCGAGGCUCCUCCAGCAGCAAAUGAAAUAGCUACUACAAAAUAUUACUUAUUAUUGAUUUAAUUUAGUUUAACUUGGUGUGAGUUGUGUAUAUUGUGCCGAGCGCCAUAAGGCGUACCUAGUCCCACAGAUUUUAUCUAAAUGCAGAAAUAUUUAACAAUCGCGUAGCUAUUUAUUUUCCGGAAUCGGACCGCGUGGUGUCUUUAGAGGUUGCGUGGUCCGUAAAUAUGUUCUAUCAAAAUUAUAAUUUUCGAUUUAAAUAAGCUUAUUCCGGUGCAUGAAGGGAAUAAAUAUACAUAUUUUAGGAAAACGUCUGUGAUUUUAAACGAAAAUUGAUGAACCAUUAUGUUAGUGUGUUGUGUAGAUGUUAGUUUUAAAAUCAUGUCAGCGGGAAGACCGCUUUUCAUUCAUUUUAAUAUAAAUCAUUUAUUAUAUAAAUAUAUUAAUUGUUUAUAAGUAGAGCACAGCCGUGUUCUUAUGAAGUUGUUGAGACGGUGUUUCAUGUUGAUAAUGUAAUGUAGUUAUUUGGCUGAAGAUAUUUCAGUUUUAAGAGUUUAUAUUUAAAAAUCUAUAACCACAGGUAUAUUAUUCAGAUCAUCUUUUAACUUUACAUUUGUUCAAAAGAGUUUUAAAAUCUAAUCUAAAUGUUGUAUAAAAUUUAAAUAUAUAUGAAAUUUAUCGGCCGUACCAGUACAAAUAUGUAAUUAUACCUAAUCUUUGUAAAUAUUUAAAUAGCACAUAACAGUGGAAACGCUAAUUCUAUUGUAAAGCCUUAAAAAUCAUAGAUUUUUAAAAAGAUGGGUACUAGCGACAAAUGCGAGGAGACAAUGUAUUUUUAUAAAGCAUAUUGUUCUUUAUUAACAUAUAUAAUAUGUUAACUGAAAGUACAUUAUUUCGUAUUUUUCUAACAUAGCGUAAUGUAAUCGAAAAUCAUUUGUGUGAUACAACUUGCGUUACAAAUCUAAUUUGAGAACGUUUUAUUUAAGGCUUUCGCGGAUUUCAAUAAUUCAAUGUGAUUGUCGAUUUGUUUAUUUCGUUUCGCACUAAGUGCCACAUCCAGUACAUAAUUAGAUUUUAUGAGUCUUUUCACACGCAUACUGUGGUCUGUGGCUCUUAAAUUUUUAUAUAUAGUUAGGGAUUAUUGCACCGUUUGUAUUUAAACCGUCCAGUGAACUGAUUUAAUAAAAUCUUGCGGUCUCGCGUCAAUUUAGUUUAGAGUUCAUUGGUGAAUAAAAUGUAAUGUUCCUCAAAAGUUGCCAGAUCGGAAAUAUCGUUUUAAAGUACAGUAUGGUGCAGCAGGAAACCCCGUUGUAUAUAUUUUCCGUCGCUGUUCAGGGAUAUAAUUUUAUAUAUAAUAAUAAAUCCGAAAAUUUCUUAUACUAGAUGCUUUAUUGAACGCAAAGCUGAUCUGUGAUGGUAUGAAAUAGUUAGGUACAUAGGCUGUGGGUUUUUCCUUUCUAAUGGGGCAACGAUAUUUUACUGCAAACACCUUGAACAUUGAAUAAUAUUAAUACAUUAUCAAAAUCAGUUUUAUCCUAUUUAUAGACAUAUGUAGAUAAUUAAUCAAUUAUUACCUUCGAAUUUCACUUAACUCGAGUCGAAGAACGGGCGUGUUUUUGGACAAUUUAUUUUUAUUACACCAUUUUGUGCUUCCCAGCACGCGUUACCAUUAUUGCAGUAUUUUAAACAAUUAAAGUCAAUAUAUUUGACACAAUCAACGUACCAAUUAUAUUUUAUUACAGUAUUUAUUUUAAUCAGAUUUUGAUGUGGUCAACGUGUGCCAUUACCAAAACAGACGCUUCGUUAAAUUGAGAACGGCCCAAACUGAUCAAUGAGUUGAGGUUUAGAAGAUAACAACGGAAGCAUGUCAGUGUUCAUAACGUUAAGACAAUUUAUUUUCACCCUACUGUAAUUUGAUAAUAAUUUUGAUAUUUAAAUAAUCGCUAUUUAGAUAAAAUAGUUUAUGCUUAAUUAAACUACUAUAUCUUAGUUAGAUAACGCAACUUUAUGUUGUAUAGUAUUUUGUAAGUAAGUGUUUUAUAACGUCGAGUAAGAGAAGUGUUUAAUUGUUUCGGUGAGGUGAAAUAUAUACCAAAUUGGCGUUGGUAAGGCCGACGCGGUAACGGUGAAGAUUGAAGGUUUUAAGGGAUUCGCUCUUAUUCGUUUGCUGGUCACCCCCGUUGCCGUAGAGCACGCUUGUUCGAAACGAAGUCUUCUGUACAUUACGAAACAUUUUACUGCGAACUAUACCUGGGUCGGAUUUAUUGUUUCCAUUUAAAAAUCAUCACACUUCAUUCACCUAUACAAAAGUGGAGGUUUAAAUUCUAGUUGUGUUAAUACAACUUUUGAAUCUUAAAAAUUACCAGAUAUUUUAUUUGUAUUAACUUCGCUAAAUCGGUCCGGGCAUUACCAAUGAUGCAGUUGGUGGCGCCAUCUAUUGCUCAGUACUUAUGUUAUCCGUAGUAGAAAGCGCCACGAAAAAGUCACUGGUUGAGAACACUGUUGUUUCGUAGUGUAAAGGCAAAUCAGUGAUUCAAUUGCCUACUACAGUAAGUGUACAAUUGAAUUACUGCGAGCACUUUGUACUGUAGCGUCCGGCCGACUCGAUUGCUUAGUUUGACGAUUUAAUGUACUCUAUAACUACUUAAUCUUUGUUACACUUCUUCCUUUAAUCACGCUUAAUUCAGGAGAAUACGAACUUGGUGGAGUGGACUUUCAAACACUAAGCAAUCGUGGCAAGGGCGCGUCACACAUUCCAAAAUAACAAUAAUCUUAACGUAAUAACGCACGCCAACAAAUGCGUUACAAUUUGUUAGUUAACCACUCUGUUGUUCAUUAACGAUAAGUUAGAUUUAAUCUCAGUCGAUGUUGUUUAAUUUAGUUUGUGUAUAGUAUUUUUCAAUUAAGUUUAUGUGAAUAACGUGAAAUGAGCGAAUCGACACGCCUAAGCCUGAGGGGUCAUGAUAGCUGUUAAUCUUAAGUACCUAAGUGAUUUUCUUCUUUUGCACCUAACGUACUUUGUUCGCAAAGCGUACGAUACGUGGGGUUGUUGCGGAUGUCUAAAAAACCAUCUAUUGCGAUUCGCAUGUUAGAUGUCGCACUCCCCUUGUAUUGUUAUUGUAAAUAUAGAUAGUUCGAGGUAUACAAAAAAAUAACUUUAAUAUAAUUUGAGCUGAAUGCAGCUCGGUUUAAUGUAUAUUGGAUGUGUUUUACAAUAUGUAUUUUCGGCCUUGAGUUGUAAUUUUUGUAUUUAAACUAAGCUUCAUAAAUUCAGUACGCAUUCGCCCCUUUGUUAACUGAACGUCAUCACAUCACACGAACUUUACAAGUGAAAACAUCACACGAAAGCUAAACAUAUCGUACUUCAGUGAACAAAGGAGCCCGAAGUCCAUUACCUCACAUUUUUGUACAUUAUUGUUAUUAUCCUUAUUUGUAUUUCGAGGUGUUAAGUUUGAACAGCGAACACAAGAUGUGUUAAUAGAUGUCGACUUAGAUACAUAUGUGUGGCGGUUUGUCACCGCCCAUUCAGUGUAUUUAUUUUCAUGGUGUUUAAUGAAUAUUGUGAGACGCACGACGCGUCGCCGGUGGCCAUGGCUGCCGACGGCCGUUACUGUAGAAAUAAAUAAUAUUUUCG